GCUCUUGAGUCGAAGUUCCCACCUCCCGGUGACCCGGGUUGGAGCUGCUGCCUCAAGUGGUCUCUCGUGUCCACCACUAUGGCCUGGACCAAGUACCAGCUGUGCCUGGCCGUGCUCAUGCUGGUCACGGGCUCCAUCAACACGCUUUCAGCAAAGUGGGCAGACAACUUCGUAGCUGAGGGCUGUGGAGGAAGCAAGGAGCACAGCUUCAAGCAUCCCUUCCUCCAGGCAGUGGGCAUGUUCCUGGGGGAGUUCUCGUGCCUCGCUGCCUUCUACCUGCUCCGGUGCCGAGCCACAAGACAGCCAGACUCCAGUGUGGAGCCCCAGCAACCCUUCAGCGCCCUACUUUUCCUGCCCCCAGCCCUGUGUGACAUGACUGGGACCAGCCUCAUGUACGUGGCCCUGAACAUGACCAGCGCCUCAAGCUUCCAGAUGCUGCGCGGCGCAGUGAUCAUCUUCACAGGCCUGUUCUCAGUGGCCUUCCUGAACCGGAGGCUGGCACCAAGCCAGUGGCUGGGCAUCCUGACCACCAUCGCAGGACUGGUGGUGGUUGGCCUGGCUGACCUCCUUAGCAAACAUGACAGUCAGCACAAGCUCAGUGACGUAAUCACAGGUGACCUGUUGAUCGUCAUGGCGCAGAUCAUCGUGGCCGUUCAGAUGGUACUAGAGGAGAAAUUUGUGUACAAGCACAACAUCCACCCGCUCAGGGCAGUGGGCAUCGAGGGCUUCUUUGGCUUUGUGAUCCUCUCCCUGCUCCUUGUGCCCAUGGACUACAUCCCAGCUGGCUCCCUCAGUGGAAACCCUCGUGGGAUGCUGGAAGAUGCACUGGAUGCCUUCUGCCAGGUGGGCCGGCAGCCCCUCAUCGCCCUGGCCCUGCUGGGCAACAUCAGCAGCAUUGCGUUCUUCAACUUCUCAGGGAUCAGUGUCACCAAGGAACUGAGCGCCACCACCCGCAUGGUGCUAGACAGCUUGCGCACCGUGGUCAUCUGGGCCCUGACCCUCGCACUGGGCUGGGAGGUCUUCCACCCACUGCAGAUCCUUGGUUUCCUCAUCCUGCUUAUGGGCACCGCCCUCUACAAUGGGCUGCACCGUCCGCUGCUAGCCUGCCUGUGCAGUGGCUGGCGCCUCCCUACCCAGGAGGGAGAGCAGGAGAGACUGCUGCCUGACAGCCGAACUUCUAUUAAUGAAGGCAGCUGAGCCCACUG